AUGGCUCCAGGCGGUUUGCAGGCGUCGCCUGAGCUGAGCAACGACAGGGACUCUAUCAACGUCAACCCGGGGAGUCCGCCGAGUCCGCUCCCGCCGCUGGAUGAGUAUACUCUUGGGAAGCAGAAGGAGAGUAGUGAUGAGACGGCUGUGGAAGGGGAUGCAGAGGCGGAAGUGAAGGGGGAGGGACAAGAGCAGAAGCAGGAAGAGAAGCCAGAAGAGAAGAAGGAAGGGAAACUUCCUUUGCUUCCUAAGCCUGAGAGGGGGAAGUUCAUCUUAGAUCCUGAAGGAGAACUCACUCAUGACCAAACUACCGUCGACAUCGUCACUGUCCCUUGUCCUGGUGGUGAUCCCCUCCGGACGUGGAACCGCGACGGUCUCAUGGGUCGCUACUUCGGUGCCCUUUCCAUGCGCGACGCCGAAGGCUCUGCAACAUCCGACCAAGAUCGACCAGCUCCAUCAUGGGUUCGACAGGGGAUUCGGAGAGAAGCUGACCGUGCGAGGAUACUCCUUUAUGAACAUCCGCCUGCUGAGGAGGGUGCCACGCUGAGUUCACUGGCUGAUGCGUUGCUGGAGGAGUUGGAGAGGUUGAGGACGAGAGAGGAUCAGAAUAGGCCGGUUGUUUUUGUGGGACAUAGUGUUGGGGGGGUUAUUGUCAAGAUGGUUUUGGUGAAGGCGAGCAAGAAUACCAAGUAUGAGGGUAUCUUUCGGCAAUGCUAUGGUGUUGCAUUCUUUGGAACUCCUCAUCAAGGAUCAAGCUACUUUGCCAUGCCCAGUCUGGCAUCCAGCAUUCAGACCCUUCUUCAACUGGCUUCUCCCCUUCCGGCUUCAGUCACCGACGAGCUCCGGGUUGGAAACAGCUUGCUCCUACGCCUUGAUGAUGACUUCAAGUGUAUUUCUCACGACUUCCGCAUCUGGACGCUCUACGAAACCAUCGACUCGCGGCUCUCAGGCAGUGGAUCCGGAGAUGUUUACUUCACAGCGCCCCUGACGUCCAUCAAGUCGGCCAUCCUCGGCAUGCGUCAGGAAACGAUUCUUCCUCUGCAGAGCGAUCAUGCCAAUAUUGCCUCGUUUGGCAGGCAUAACGUUCACACACUGCGUUUGUUCUUGAAACAACUGUCGGCUCUAAUUGAGCGUGCUGACGAGUACUCGAGCGAGGACGGCCAUUGGGCACUGGACCUGGAACAAAAGGUGAAUAUCGAAGUACACGGCUUCUUUGAGGAUCCUGUUGGGCCUUUGGAGGUAGCGACUAUCAGAGCGUGGUCCACAAGAUUACCCCUGAGGGAAUUUCUCAAAAAGGGACCUGAAGAGUGUCUGGCUGAUCGGUUGAAUGAAGUCGAGAGUGUUGACGAGGGGAGGUUCCUUAGGGCAAGGGGGAGGACUUCCCUGAUACCAGACACCGAGAGGAGGGAGAGCAGCAAUGUGGUUUCUGGAGAAGCAACCAGAAAUCCCCUGGGAAUUAACAACCAAGAGGGGGCAUAUCAAAUGUCUCCCCCAGCUUCGCCCAUUAUACGACCAGUGGACGCCGAACCUAGGCCACGAACAGAGUCAGCUCCUCAACGGCUACCAGGAGGUCCGCUUACACCUCCAUCACGCGCGACAUCACCACCAACACACUAUUCAACUCCAAUGCGUCGUCCUUCGCCCUUGAUCCGCGCAAACUUUGACCAGGACCUCGCCGUGGAUCGCCUCUCACCUCCUCCGCGCGGAAGAAUGGGCAGAUCGCUCAGUCGGUCGCUAAGCAUGGGAAGUCAAGUUUCUCAGUACGAGUAUCGCGACUUUCCACCUUUUUCACAGCGCAGUCGGAGUACAAUUGAACCCAACUUUAGCGAAGACGAUGACGGAGGACUUGAAGGAUCGCCACGGCUACCAGAAGCUGUCAUUGCUAUCCGCAAGGUUGCAAAGAAUGGAGAGCGAAGAGCAAGCGAGACGGUGGUUGUGGACGAAGUGCCGGUUGCGUUUACAAAGCCAGAGGUUGAUGCGAGAAAGUUUGUGUGGAUUCACCUGGCGUACAAUAAUCCUAGCUGGGUUACGAAAGUGUUUGAGACUCUGCAAGUCUCGUACAAUCGCAGCUUCACGCCCCUUUUUAGCUCCGACUUUUGGGCGACGAGGCAUACGCGUGGACGGCACUCACAGCACUAUGCUUAUUUUGCGAAGCCGGGUUGCUAUUUCUCUGCUCCGCGUCACAUGUCUCCUCGAGGUCGUUCCUCCAAGGGAUCAACAUCGUUGUCGCCGAAGCCUGAUGGGGGCAUCUAUACCUGUCUCUUCCUACCGUAUCUGCACUUUGACAGCUACAAGAGGCUCAUUCGUCGACGUGAACUUAUCCUCGAACGUCUAAAUCACGGAAGAGCUCGUCCAGUUCCUGAAUCCGUCGCCAAGUCAGACUCGCUCGAGACACAGGUGAUUUGGGAAUUCCUAGGAUACGAUCCGCCGCUUAACACACGACGAACGCUGGAUCAGUAUGGAUAUCCUUCACUUCGAGACACGCGGUCAAGGGACGACGAUCAGAUGCUGUACAAGCUGACCAAGGAGCGGACCUGUCUUCCUGGUCUGGGACCUGGGCUCCAGGGGCAAGUGUCGGAUAGUAGUGCUGGCAGCGGUAGUCGAAAGUCCAAGGCGAGCAGUCAAGAUGGGGAGAAUGAGGAGGAUCCUGAGGAUGUGAUUCUCAAUGGGAAUGUGCUCAUGGUGGACCAGCUUUGGUUGUGGGCGAUUGAUUCUCAUACACUGCUUUCAUUCUUCCCCAAGAGAGAAGGCGAUGCUAUUGAGGGGCCGCUGUAUCAGCAGGCCGAUCUCAGGGAUAGCAUCUUUAACGAGGUCAACGUGGAUCUUACGAGGCAAUGCGAGAAUGCUCUGGAUCUUGCUGCAUUGGCGGUGCUGCACGCAGUCACUGUGCUGCUUGACAGGUCAUCGCAUCCUGACCUAGAAGUAUUCCGCAUCUUUGAAGAGGCAAUCAGUGUCCUGACUGAGAAACUCACAUCAUCGCUCAAAACCUUUCGAGCCGAAGGCUUCAGAGACAAAGCCGUCGCAUACGAGCCUGUAGAGAACAAAGCCCGCUCAAUCAGAGCACGUCACAAAGCCGAAGGUCGACGAGCAGAAGAAGAAAACCGCGACAACACAUCAGCCCUCUUAGAACUCCGAGACAUUGAAGAUGAACUCCUCAUUCUCCUCCACCUCUUUGAGCGACAGUCCAAGGUCGUAAGCUCCAUGCUCUCAACAUUUGCCCGCCCCGAGAUACGCGAACGGACGACGAACGGGAGGGUGUUUCUUAGUGAAGCACUCAAGAGGUUAUCCGAGUAUGCGCAUCAAGCUCAGGAGAUGAUACAACGGGUGCGGAAUACGCGGAAUGACUAUGAUAAGCUGCUUCAGAUGGUGCAGCGUCAAGCGCAGGUUGAUGAGGUGCGGCUUAGCAGGUUGCAUGCUGAUCUUGCGAGUGCGCAGAGUCGGAGUGUCAUGAUUUUCACGACCUUUACUGUCAUUUUCUUACCGUUGACUUUCUUUACUGGUUUAUUUGGUAUGAACACACAGGAAUGGGGUGGAGAGAAUAAUCUCCCGCUCAAGACCAUUGGAGCCAUAUCACUUCCGUCAAGCUUGGCUCUCAUUGCACUCUCGCUCAUCGCAGCUUGGAGCACCAACGCCCGACGCCUCAUCAAGUGGAUGAUCCGCGCCACCUUAGGACUAUGGACCAAGUUUGGAGAUCCAGCAGUAAGGGCAGCAGUGAGACUCAUACCACAGAAGGGAAGAGGAACACAGGGGCAGAGUCAGGAUAAAGAGUCUUGGGGGAGGAAGACGGGGUUAGGAGAGGAAGUUAGUGACUUUUGGGAGAGGCAUAGACUAGAAAGGGAGAGAGGAUACACGGUGCCGGAUAAGAAUAGGAGGGUGGAGCAAGAAUACACGACUGGAAUUGAGAUGUUCUAA